AACUCAUAUCGAGGCUGCAUGUCAACAGGCGAAGGGCGACGAGGAAGAGUUCCAGAGAGAAAGUCAAGAAUACCAUCUUUUCUUUAUAGUUAUGUUUAAGAAAAUAUUUCUUUAGCAUUUUGGGCUUUGGUUUCAUUGAGAGCAAUCAAAUUUUAAUCAAGAAGUGAGAUUAACAAAGAGUGAUGAAGUUUGAAGUGUUUUUAGCUCCAUCCCUAGUUCUGCUCCCUGCAUUUCUGCUUCUUGGAACUGGGUUCUCAACAUAUGUGCCAUGUGUUCAAAAAGAUUUUGGCCAUGGAUCAAUAGUUUGUGUCUGUAAUGAUACAUAUUGUGAUGAAUUUGUUGAUGAAGAGCCAUCCCUAUUAGCUGGUCACUAUGUUGUGUAUACAAGCACCAAGGAUGGUCAGAGGUUUAAUGAGUCUGUGAAUGAAGUUAAGAGAGAAGCAGUCAAUGAUCAAGUUGAUGUCAAACUGCAAAUCAAUGCCUCAGUUCAUUUCCAAACUAUAUUUGGAUUUGGAGGAGCUUUCACAGAUGCAGCCACUUUGAAUAUUUUCAAUUUAAGUGAGGCCCUUCAGCAGAAGGUAUUUGAUGCCUAUUUUUCAAAGAAUGGCAUUGGUUACACUGUUGGAAGAGUGCCCAUAGCAAGCUGUGAUUUUUCUACACGUGUUUAUUCAUAUGAUGAUCAUGAAGGAGAUUUCAAGCUUGAAAAGUUCCAGCUGACUGCUGAGGACUUAAUACUUAAGAUUCCAGCAAUUAAAAGAGCUAAAGAGACAUCAAAGCAAGAAAUUAGGUUGUUUGCGAGUCCCUGGGCAGCACCGGCUUGGAUGAAGACGAACAAGAAAAUGCAAAACCCAGGAAAAUUGAUUGGAAAUGUGAGCGGAGAGUACUACAAGACAUGGGCAAAUUAUUUUAUCAGGUUCCUUCAAGAAUAUGAGAAAAAUGGUGUCAAGUUUUGGGGACUGACUGUUGAAAACGAGCCAAAUGCAGGCCUAUCCCCAAGCUAUGCGUUUCAGUGCAUGGGUUUUACUGCAGAAUUGGAGCGAGAUUUUAUCAAGAAAGAUUUAGGCCCUGCGCUGGUCGCUCAUGGAUACAAAGAUGUGAAGCUGAUGAUGCUUGAUGACCAGCGUCUUUUUGUAACAUAUUGGGCAAAUGUUAUUCUUGGUGAUCCAGAAGCAAAGAAAUAUGUAUCAGGAAUCGGCGUGCACUGGUAUAUGGAUCCUUGGGUCCCACCGGCCUUUCUAGAUGACACACACUCCAAAUUCCCGGAUGUAUUUAUCCUCUCAACCGAAGCCUGUGCUGGUUAUGGCUACGAUGGUCAUGGCGUUUCCUUGGGAAACUGGGAAAGAGGCGAAGAAUAUGGUCACUACAUAAUGCAGGAUCUGAAUCACUGGUCUGUGGGCUGGACAGACUGGAACCUUGUUCUCAAUAUGCAAGGUGGCCCGAACUGGGUCAAAAACUUCGUCGAUUCCCCGAUUAUUGCUGACUUUGAAAACAUGGUCAUAUACAAACAGCCAACAUUCUACCACAUGGGUCAUUUCAGUCGGUUCGUCGAGCCUGGCUCCGUGAGAAUAUUUUCCAAAGCUGAUCGUGAAACCUCACUGGAAUUCAUUGCUUUUCUCACCCCGAGCAAUACCCGUGUUCUUGUCGUCUUGAAUCGUCAACCCAAAGCUUUCACUAUACAAGUUUCUGAAGCGAGCAUCGGAGACAUUGUUUGGCACAUCCCACCCCGAUCUAUACAAAUAUUUAAAUGGAACUUCUAGCAACGAAAUCAGUAUACUGGAAAACAUUAAAUUAAUGAAUAAUAAUUUGAAAUAAAAAUUGUUUAUAUGUUUUGAAAGAUAAAUUACUUUUGAUGAAAUAUCGUUAUUAUUUUGCAAUAAAAUCAUGUCACAAACCCCGUGUAGGUUUUGAUUCUUUUAAGUUGAAUGACAACCUCACAAUUUUGCAUUCCUCACAGCACCUUUACUAUAGAAUUGUGUAUUUGCAAAUUGUGUAGAAUGUUUAAACUGACUUUUGUACGAACGCUAGUCUACUCUGAAACUAAAUUUUUAAAAAAAUUAUGCUUGGCAUCAUUUUAACAGCUUUGUUGAUUUAAAAAGCGAUUUUAUUGAUGUUAGAUUUAAUUCUUAAUUUUAGCUAUUUUAUAUGAAUGUUUUUAUAUGUAAAUGAAUUCAAUAAGUGUAUAAUUUUAAGAACUUUACCACGCAAUGUCCUACUUUGUUCAAUUUGUAAUUCAAAGUUUAUUUUUGUGCUUUGUUAAGUUUUGACUGAAAUAGGUAACAGGUAUUUCCACACGAAAUCGCAAAUAUAAAUAUCAAUUUAUCUUUUACAAGUUGUUUCCGUGUGUAUCAUCUCGGGGCAACC